GCAAUAGAUAGCUAGCAUACACGAAGCCAUUUCCAUGACAUAUGCAAUUUCACUACGCUUGCCACCUGUCGAAGCGCGGCCAUGCGGUCAAGUCGCCCGUCACGUGUAUGCCGAGUCGACUGACACCAGCGCUUUCCUACGCACGACAUGCGGUAUCACGUACGUGACUGUAAAGCAUUCCAUGUGAAGUGAUUAGUGAAUAUGAAAGAAGGAGGCUGUUACCAACCGCACCAACAAAAUACAAAACCGAGAAGCACCAUCACGCACACAGCUUCUGUAACAUCCAGCUGACCCGGACAGGCGGACACCUACGACAUGCCAGAUGCCGCCCUUCCAAAACGACUGUGUCCGCGGCUGGCGCGUCACCGUUGGCCUUGCGUUGCGCUACAACAGGGGUGGUGGUGGAGCUGCCCACUCUAACCUCUUCUUGCUUACCGGCACCCGCCCCCUCUCUCAGCUCGUUCCGGCGUCUCCCCCCUCAGUCAGUCCCUACUGCCCCGUGGACGCUGCUUACCACCACCGUCUCGGCGCUGCAAAGCCAGGUGCGGGUCGGAUGCGUGUGAGGAGUGCGCGGGCUGGGUAGCAGCGGCUUAACCGCACAUGACUGUUCCCAGGAUCGCGGGCUGCAGCCCAAGGUUGCGGCAGGGAAGGAGCCUUGCGCGGCAGGCGGGAUCUUGGGCGGGAUGUAGCAGCGGCUGUAUGCGGGAGGUAAGCAGCAAUGGAGUACAGAAACGCGGUGUUGCGGGGCUUGCAGCUGCGCUUAGGGUGCUUGUGUUCACGAGGGGACACACCGCAGGGGUGGGGACGCCCGGGGUGCAGGAUGCGGCCCCAAGAAAACGCCAGCGCCACCUUGUCGUGGGCUACGUGUGCGUUUGGAGGUUUUAUUGGCUUGCAUGCGCACGCUGCCACUGCCGGUACCGGUGACGCCUGGUUCCCCCUCCCGUCUGCCGCCUGCUCCCUCCGCCCUGCCCCCCUCCUCCCGGUCCUCCUCUCGCAAUCGGCAACCGGUGCUCAACUCGGACCGCUCCUUCCCCAUGUCCCGCCAUACGGAGCCAUGCGCUGUGACACGGGGAGAUGUCGCCGGGCGGUUGCAGCAGGCGGAGGGGUGGGCAGCUGCCCACCCUGCAGGGGCGGGCGGGCGGGUGGCGGGGGCGGGUGGCACCACACCCGAGCUACUCGCAGCACCACCACCAGUCCCGAGUGUACGGCAGCGCUGCUGGGGCGACCUAGCAGCCCCGGGAAGCAGGGGAGGUGGCGGCUACUGCCGGCAACCGGGCUAGCUGACGUGGUCAUCCUCCGGCUACUCCUCGCGACUAGGAACGGAAAAGAACCGCAUCGAGCAGCACCCUCCCGCCGCUAACGUCGUACAGGCGCUUGGUGGGGCUUGACACGGGCGCGCUGCUGCCCCGCCGGCCCGUACGGUUGGGUGGCUGGGUACAGCCCGGUGCGGCCUGCAGCAGGUGCUGGUGCCCCCAAGCAGGGUGCCGCAUUGUGAUCCCGGGUACUCGUCAUAUCCGUUGGUUGCUGGACAUCCGCGUGACACAGGCUCGCGAGCUCGCGGCACUAUGAAGCCGUUGUUUGUGGUGGGUCAUGAGGCCCUUGCUUACCGCAGCAGGUUGUAUGAUUACUAUGUGAUCGGGUGAUGAUUAGGGCUACCUCAUAGUGAACCAGCUACCGGUAAUAGUGUAGGUUGUGCGUUCUGUUUAUACUAGCAUGUGUCGACAAUGAGUAUCGAAGUUGCCUGUAAGAAGAUCGGAAG